AUGGAUUUCGUCAACAAGAUCGCCAGCGAGGCUAGCAAGGACAAUGGCCCCGGUGGCGCCAUCUUCAACAAGGUCAACGACAUGGCUGGUGGUGGCAAGCAAGGCGAGGAGAACGAGGAUGGCCUCGACAAAGCCGUCGACAUGUUUCAGGAAAAGGUCCUCAAGGAAGGUGACCAGAGCAACGAGAACGCGGCGGAGCAGGUCAAGGACGAGGCCAUCUCCGAUUUCAUCCGCGACAAGUACAAGGCGACGACCGGCAAGGACUUCUUCAUCGCCGACAAGGAGAAGAAGAUGGGCUAG